GACCCCGCCCCCGAGGCGAGGAGUUUGCGGCGGCUCCGAGUCUCGGGCUCCGGCGUUUGGGCGGCUUGUCUUCCCUGCCCGCCACAGUUGCGGCCCCUGGGACCAGGGCGAGGCCGGAACCCCGGCCGAGAGCACCUCCCCGCUAUCAUCUGUCCCCAAACUUUCCCUCAAUCGAGGCGCCGGCGGGGCGGCCCGGCGGCCGGAAGUGCACCCUGCUCGGGCUUUGCGCCCCCGGCAGCUUCCUCCGCCCGCGAGGGCCCCGCGCCUUCCCAUUUUCCCAACCGGCAAACUGAGCCUCGGCCACCCGGCCCACUUGCCGGUCGGAAGUCAGGACGUCGCCGCUUGCGGCGGCGUGGAAGGCCUCGCCUCCGGAGCAAGGAGGACAGGGGCAACCCUUGGAACCAGGGUUGGAAAAGGCCGCUGGUUAGCGGGCCCUUUGCCCGAGGGUGUGGACCUCUACCCGCUCCCCUGCCCCUUCCCGCAGCCUUCUUCCCCUCCCGAGGACAGGCCUAGGGGGUGCAAAUGCCAGGGCUUCCGUUAGGUCUCCUUGGUCUAGGGCUGCAGGGGUGGGGGGACGAAGACGUGUAGACGGGGCCACCCGUCUAUGGCUUCCAGGGUGGCAGCGGCCCUGGCCACGUGAUUGAGGGGUCCAGUGCAAAAUGAAGAUGCCAGGCCCCUUGUUAAGUUUUUGAGAAUUUCACACGGUAACAGCAGAGUAUUCAACCCGGUGCGGGGUCCCUGACUUGCUUGCAGGACUGUAGUCUGGGUAACGCGCUGGGACCCUCCAUCACAAAGGGUGAUUCUUGUUUUUCAUCGUCAGUGUCAUUUGCCUUCUUCAGGGCUUCCAGGUGGAUCUUCGUCACCACCCUAGGAUUGCUCACCAUUCUCAAGCUUGAAAACCCACCUGUAAUCAUUUGGUGGUGGGGGGGGGCGGGCAUCUUUAAGCGCCCAGGUGAACUUGGUCUGCAGGCAGCAGCUGUCCUUUUUUCUGGAUCUUCUGCUGAGGUCGGUAGGUUGAUAAAGUGAUACUGAUUUUGUGGCAGGAACUCCCUUCAGCCAACUCCUGUCUUCCUGGGAAGGCCUCUGGAAGAAACCAGUAUCAGAAAGAAUCUUGUAGUUGCCUGUGGCAGAAGAUCCAACCCAAACUGAGCAAAACCAGUUUCAAACGAAUCUGGUUUGAAACUUCCAAAGGUAUUGUCAUAUCUGCAUCCUACAUUGUGAGGUCACCAAGGCAACCUAUUAAUCAUUCUAGAAUCUACCUCUUGAAGAUUACAAAUGAGACUGGGAAACCCUCUUCAAUAAGACCUGUGUGAUGAUAGAUUGUGUCCUGAGCCUGCAGGUCAGGCUGAAAGAGUCAACAACCAGCAAAGUGAAGAUCUAGGAGUCUGUUCCCCUUGAACCUGUGUGGACCUGAUCAAACCUCGAGGGAAAGGCUGGGAGAACACAUCCCUGGUCAGCUGUAGGAAAGCCAGAGAGCAUUUGAGAAGAGGCCGAAGCUUGAAUUUUGCAAACACACAAGCCCUCUGCAUUUCCCCAGAGAGAAGGUUUUUUUCUCGUCUUCAUUUCCUUUGAAACACCUGGGGUGAGGAAAAACCUCUACAUUGGCCAAGCAGAAGAAACAGAAUCUAUGACUGAAGAGGAUCGGCUAAGAGUGGUUCCUCGCAGCUUAAAGGGAGGCACUUUUCACACUCUGUCUUAAAAUCAGAAGUUGAAUUCAUGAACACAUAUGAUUUAGAUAGAAGUCAUGGGAUGCAGCAGUUCUUCAACGAAAACCAGGAGAUCUGAGACAUCACUGAGAGCUGCGUUGAUCAUCCAGAACUGGUACCGAGGUUACAAAGCUCGACUGAAGGCCAGACAACACUAUGCCCUCACCAUCUUCCAGUCCAUCGAAUAUGCUGAUGAACAAGGCCAAAUGCAGUUAUCCACCUUCUUUUCCUUCAUGUUGGAAAACUACACACAUAUACAUAAGGAAGAGCUAGAAUUAAGAAAUCAAUCUCUUGAAAGCGAACAGGACCUGAGGGAUAGAUGGGAUUAUGUGGACUCGAUAGAUGUCCCAGACUCCUAUAAUGGUCCUCGGCUACAAUUUCCUCUCACUUGUACGGAUAUUGAUUUACUUCUUGAGGCCUUCAAGGAACAACAGAUACUUCAUGCCCGUUAUGUCUUAGAGGUGCUAUUUGAAACCAAGAAAGUCCUGAAGCAAAUGCCGAAUUUCACUCACAUACAAACUUCUCCCUCCAAAGAGGUAACAAUCUGUGGUGAUUUGCAUGGGAAACUGGAUGAUCUUUUUUUGAUCUUCUACAAGAAUGGUCUCCCCUCAGAGAGGAACCCGUAUGUUUUUAAUGGUGACUUUGUAGAUCGAGGAAAGAAUUCCAUAGAGAUCCUAAUGAUCCUGUGUGUGAGUUUUCUUGUCUACCCCAAUGACCUGCACUUGAACAGAGGGAACCAUGAAGAUUUUAUGAUGAAUCUGAGGUAUGGCUUCACGAAAGAAAUUUUGCGUAAAUAUAAGCUACAUGGAAAAAGAAUCUUACAAAUCUUGGAAGAACUCUAUGCCUGGCUCCCAAUCGGUACAGUCGUUGACAAUGAAAUCCUGGUCAUCCAUGGUGGGAUAUCAGAGACCACAGACUUGAAUUUACUCCACCGUGUAGAGAGGAACAAGAUGAAAUCUGUGCUGAUACCACCAGCGGAAACAAACAGAGACCAUGACACUGACUCGAAGCACAAUAAAGUAGGUGUGACUUUUAAUGCACAUGGAAGAAUCAAAACCAAUGGAUCUCCUACUGAACACUUAACAAAGCAUGAAUGGGAACAGAUUAUUGAUAUUCUGUGGAGUGAUCCCAGAGGCAAAAAUGGCUGUUUUCCAAAUACGUGCCGAGGAGGGGGCUGCUAUUUUGGACCAGAUGUUACUUCCAAGAUUCUUAAUAAAUACCAGUUGAAGAUGCUCAUCAGGUCUCAUGAAUGUAAGCCCGAAGGGUAUGAAAUCUGUCAUGACGGGAAGGUUGUGACUAUAUUUUCUGCUUCUAAUUAUUAUGAAGAAGGCAGCAAUCGAGGAGCUUACAUCAAACUAUGUUCUGGUACAACUCCUCGAUUUUUCCAGUACCAAGUAACUAAAGCAACGUGCUUUCAGCCUCUUCGCCAAAGAGUGGAUACUAUGGAAAACAGCGCCAUCAAGAUAUUAAGAGAGAGAGUGAUUUCACGAAAAAGUGACCUUACUCGUGCUUUCCAACUUCAAGACCACAGAAAAUCAGGAAAACUUUCUGUGAGCCAGUGGGCUUUCUGCAUGGAGAACAUUUUGGGGCUGAACUUACCAUGGAGAUCCCUCAGUUCGAAUCUGGUAAACAUAGACCAAAAUGGAAACGUUGAAUACAUGUCCAGCUUCCAGAAUAUCCGCAUUGAAAAACCUGUACAAGAGGCUCAUUCUACUCUAGUUGAAACUCUGUACAGAUACAGAUCUGACCUGGAAAUCAUAUUUAAUGCCAUUGACACUGAUCACUCAGGCCUGAUCUCCAUGGAAGAAUUUCGUGCCAUGUGGAAACUUUUUAGUUCUCACUACAAUGUUCUUAUUGAUGAUUCCCAAGUCAAUAAGCUUGCCAACAUAAUGGACUUGAACAAAGAUGGAAGCAUUGACUUUAAUGAGUUUUUAAAGGCUUUCUAUGUAGUGCAUAGAUAUGAGGACUUGAUGAAACCUGAUGUCACCAACCUUGGCUAAACACAAAUGAGAGCUUCCCUCAGGCUCCCUGAAACAGCCUGGCCCAAAUCACAAGUACAGUCCUUUCCAACACCCGUGAAAUUCACAGUCAGUAGCAGAGAAAAGCAGAUCCCAAUUCAAACCACAAACAGAUGCAUAGUAUGGGUUUUGGAAGUCCCUAGCAAGCUGUUAUUGGUAAGAUUAGGUUAAAUGUCAGUAAUAGGAUUUGGUUUCAGCGUUAGUACCUACAUAUUGCCAGUGAGAAACUGGGUUUGAACCUAGUGGUGUUCUCGUGAGUGCCACCUAACCAGGAGGCCAGAGCGGUUUGAAAACAUCCUGAAAGGAACUCAUACAGCACAAGAGAAAACUACUAAGCAUGACAUCUGUGAGUGACUGAGGGAGACAGGAGGAAUACCAGGUUAUUCAUGGAAUAAAGUCUUUCCAUCUUUAAA